UCUUUGCCCUGUUGCGGGCAAAAAGCAUGAGACGGUGUCCUAAAGGGAGCCAAUUGCAAUGCUGCCUGCCCCUUUUCUAGGUUCUAGGAAAUGAGAUCAUUCCCCUUGCUUAGCAACUAGGACAAGGGGUCACCCCAGUGCUGUCUUCCAACCUACUUUACCCCAGUCAUUUCAGGGUUAAAAUUGUAGGGUUUGCUCGAAAUGUUUUUUUUUCUUCAUUUCUGUUUUUUUAUUUUUGCAUUUGCUCUGGAAUAGAAAAAUGCUCGCCCAUCCUCCAUUGUAUGCUCCUUUAAUACUGGUAAGGUGUAUUAGCAGAUGUGUGUGUCUCCAUGCCCAGCAGAAAGUUAAUCAGAGAACAGAUCCUUAUUUUUUAUGGCAGCAUCAGUAUAUUAAUGUUUGCUAACCCUGUCACUAACACACAUUCUUUUAAGGGAAAAAAAUGCUUCUGUGCUCUAGUUUUAAAAUGCAAAGGUAUGAUGUUAUUUGUCACCAUGCCCAAAAAAGUCCUUACUCGAUAACUUUGCCAGAAGAGGGAGAGAGAGAGAAGGCAAAUGUUCCCCCAGCUGUUUCCUGUCUACAGUGUCUGUGUUUUGUAGAUAAAUGUGAGGAUUUUCUCUAAAUCCCUCUUCUGUUUGCUAAAUCUCACUGUCACUGCUAAAUUCAGAGCAGAUAGAGCCUGCGCAAUGGAAUAAAGUCCUCAAAAUUGAAAUGUGACAUUGCUCUCAACAUCUCCCAUCUCUCUGGAUUUCUUUUUGCCUCAUUAUUCCUGCUAACCAAUUCAUUUCCAGACUUUGCACUUCAGAAGCAAUGGGAAAAAUCAGCAGUCUUCCAACCCAAUUAUUUAAGUGCUGCUUUUGUGAUUUCUUGAAGGUAAAGAUGCACAUCAUGUCCUCCUCCCAUCUCUUCUACCUGGCCCUGUGCUUGCUCACCUUCACCAGCUCUGCCACAGCUGGACCGGAGACGCUCUGUGGGGCUGAGUUGGUGGACGCUCUUCAGUUCGUGUGUGGAGACAGGGGUUUUUAUUUCAACAAGCCCACGGGGUAUGGCUCCAGCAGUCGGAGGGCACCUCAGACAGGCAUCGUGGACGAGUGCUGCUUCCGGAGCUGUGAUUUGAGGAGGCUAGAGAUGUACUGCGCACCCCUCAAGCCUGCCAAGUCUGCCCGCUCAGUCCGUGCCCAGCGCCACACUGACAUGCCCAAGGCUCAGAAGGAAGUACAUUUGAAGAACGCAAGUAGAGGGAGUGCAGGAAACAAGAACUACAGAAUGUAGGAAGACCUUCCUGAAUUGUGAAGAAUGACAUGCCACCGGCAGGAUCAUUUGCUCUGUAGGAGUUACCUGAUAAACAUCAGAAGACUUACCAAAAAAAAAUAAGUUUGAUAACAUUUCAAAAGACGGGCAUUCCCCCCAAUGAAAUACGCAAGUAAACAUUCCAACAUUGUCUUUAGGAGUGAUUGUUAAAAGCUUUGCACCUUGCAAAAAUGGUCCUGGAGUUGGUAGAUUGCUGUUGAUCCUUUAUCAAUAAUGUUCUAUAGAGAAAAAUAUAUAUAUAUAAAUAUAUCUUAGUCCCUGCUUCUCAAGAGCCACAAAUGCAUGGGCGUUGUAUAGAUCCAGUUGCACUAAAUUUGUUUCUGAGUCUUGGCUGCUGGAGCCAUUCAUUCAGCAGUCUUGUCUAAGUGGUUUAUUCUUUUUUUUUUAAUUUGCACUUCUUUCUACGCAACACAGGCCAUUUGUUUUACAUUGUCUGA